AGAGGAGGAGGAAGUCCCUCUAUCCCUCUGUCCACUCCAACCAUCUGACUCUCCAUCCAGCAGCGUCUUUGUGUCCCAGUGACUGAUUUUAGAUUUUGAUCCUUGAGGAUUUGUGAUGUCAGGAGCAAAAUGUGAACUUCAGGAAGACAUCUAUUGGCUGUGUGUGUGUGUGUGUGUGUGUGUUUGUGUUAGUUCUGCUUUGGGAAACACCAAACAAGGAUUGAGCUUGUGAAGUCUUCCAGGACAUCCCAAUUCUCCUGGUGAUCUAAGAGAGGCAGCACGGAGGGGAGAAGUGGACGAUGGAAGGAGCAGAGCUGGGAUCAAGAGGUGAAGAGAGGGAGGUGUAGGAAUAUGGCAGGACUCUGUUUUGACUCCUGGUGCGUAGAGGUGACCUUUGAUUUUGAAGAGAAACACUUUCUAGACUCGUUUGUUGGCCAGAACAACCUGCUCAGCUGACAUCGACUCAUCUGGCGCUUCUUAUUCAGUCUAUUUGACGACAUGACACAUGUGCAACAACCACUGGACUAAUGCAAAUGGCAGCAGCUGCAGGGAUGAAGUGCUGGAAUGCUGGGAAUGCCACUAAAUGGGAUAAAAGUUGGCCACAGAGAGGGAGGCUGAUGAUGCUGAUGUGGAUUAUCCUCUCCGGCUCGCUGUGCCUGACGGUCGACGGUCAGAUGAAGAUCCCACCAGAGACGGUGCAGCAGUGGGCAGUGUCCUUUGGCAAAGAGAUCGCUGCUCUGUCUGCCAGAUACUCUGGAGCUAAACUGCUACAGAAGAAAUACAAGGAUAUCGAGGGUGUGGUGAAGCUGGAGGAAGUGGAUGGAGAGGAGCUUGUGAAAAAGUUUGCAGAGGAGAUGGAGGAGAUGCUUGGCAGGAAGAUGAAAUCCGUGAAGAGGUUAGCAGAGGCAGCGGAGGAUGCAGAUUUGUACCACGAUUACAAUGAGACACUGGAGUUUGAUUAUUAUAACUCCAUGCUUAUCAACUCGUUGGAUGAGGAUGGGAACUCUGUGCCGCUGGGAGGAGAAUUCCCUCUGGAGGCAAAUGAGCACUUCAAUUCACUUCGAGUCAACACGCAACUGAGCAACAUACAAGUCCCCACUAAUGUCUACAACAGAGAUCCAGACAUUAUCAAUGGAGUGUACAUGUCUGAAGCUCUGAAUGACGUCUUCAUCGAUAACUUCCAGAAAGAUCCGACGCUCACGUGGCAGUACUUUGGCAGCUCCACAGGCUUCUUCAGGCUGUACCCAGGGAUCCAGUGGACUCCGGAUGAAAAUGGUGUGGUCACUUUUGAUUGCAGAAACAGAAAUUGGUAUAUCCAGGCAGCCACAUCUCCUAAAGAUGUGGUGAUUGUGGUGGACGUCAGUGGCAGCAUGAAAGGACUCAGAAUGACCAUAGCCAAACACACCAUCAAUACGAUCCUGGAUACACUGGGAGAAAAUGACUUUGUCAACAUUAUAGCUUACAGUGACUAUGUUCGCUAUGUUGAACCCUGCUUCAAGGGCACACUGGUUCAAGCUGAUUUGGAUAACAGAGAGCAUUUCAAGCUGCUAGUUGAAGAACUCCAUGUCAAAGGAGAAGGCAAAGUGAAAAAUGCACUGAAGGAAUCUUUCAAGAUCCUGAAUGAGGCUGCUGCACUGGGCCAGGGCAGCCUGUGUAACCAGGCCAUCAUGCUGGUUACAGACGGCGCAAUGGAGGACUUCCAGGAUGUUUUUGAAGCGUUAAACUGGCCAGAACGAAGGGUCAGAGUGUUCACCUAUCUAAUUGGACGAGAGAUGACAUUUGCAGAAAAUGUUAAAUGGAUUGCCUGCAACAACAAAGGCUACUACACACACGUCUCCACGCUGGCCGAUGUGCAGGAAAAUGUUAUGGAGUACCUCCAUGUUCUAAGCAGACCUAUGGUCAUCAACCAUGAUCAUGACAUCAUAUGGACUGAGGCUUACAUGGACAGUGUGUUGCCAAACACAGAGAAGCUGUUCAACACUCAGGCCGAAAGCCUGCUCCUGAUGACCUCAGUGGCCAUGCCUGUCUUCAGCAAGAAGAAAGAGACUCUGUCUCAUGGUAUUCUGCUGGGAGUGGUGGGAACUGAUGUGGCCCUGAGAGAACUGAUGAGAUUAGCUCCAAGAUACAAGUUGGGCGCCCACGGUUAUGUGUACCUUAUCACCAACAAUGGCUACAUCCUGUCUCAUCCUGACCUGAGACCUCUGUAUAAGGAGGGGAAGAAGCUAAAGCCAAAACCCAACUAUAACAGUGUUGAUCUGUCUGAGGUGGAAUGGGAAGACACUGAGGAGAAACUGAGGACAGCCAUGGUUAAAGGAGAAACUGGAACUCUAUCUUUAGAUGUCAGAGCUACUGUGGAUAAAGGAACAAGAGCGAUGUUCCUGAAGAAUGAUUACUUCCACACUGUCAUCAACGAGACACCAUUUAGUCUGGGCAUAGUGUUAACUCAAGGAUAUGGACAAUAUAUCUUCAUAGGAAAUGUCUCUGUUGAAGAAGGUCUUCAUGAUUUAUUGACUCCUGAUCUGACCAUAGCCAAUGAAUGGACGUAUUGUGAGACAGACAUUGACCCAGCCCAUCGCAAGCUGAGCCAGCUCGAAGCUGUAGUGCAAUACCUCACUGGUAAAGAAUUAGAUCUUGAGUGUGAUAUGCAGUUGCUGCAACAAACUCUGUUUGAUGCUGUGGUCACAGCUCCAAUGGAAGCUUACUGGACUGCCCUGAUGCUCAACACAUCUGGUAUGGACGACGGGGUUGAAACAGUGUUCUUGGGGACUCGUUCAGGCCUGAUGAGAUUGCAGCGGUACGCUGGUACUGAGAAAAGAGUUGCCAAGUCUUUCCUGACCUCCGCAGACAAGGAGAAUAUGUUCACCCUGGAUCAUUUCCCAGUAUGGUACCGCAGAGCAGCAGAGUACCCAGCUGGACAGUUUCUAUACUACAUGCCAAGACGAGAAACUAGAGUGGGGAGGAUUGUGAUCGCUACCACUGCUGUCACUGUGACGGUUGGCAAGAAAACCGCCAUAGCUGGAGCCAUUGGUGUCCAGAUGACUCUAGAAGUGUUGGAGUCAAGAUUCUGGGCCAUCACGACACAGCCAAAUGACACAGAUUGCUCCGACGUUGAAGGGAUCUGUCCUCUUCGCUGUGGCAGUGCUGAUAUUGAGUGCUUUGUGAUUGACAAUAAUGGCUUUGUCCUGAUUUCUAAACAACGGAACAACGCGGGGAGGUUCUUUGGAGAAAUUGAUGGAUCGGUGAUGACCACGCUGAUCAGAAUGGGCAUGUUCAAAAGGGUUUCCUUGUUCGACUACCAGGCCAUGUGCAAGAUGAACUCACACUCAGUCAGCAGUGCCCGUCCGCUCCUCAGUCCGUUCUAUGGUUUGGCUUCAGCCCUCAAGUGGUUCCUCUCCAACUUCCUACUGUUUCUCCUGGAGUUUAAUAUCUGUGGCUUCUGGCACACAGAGCAUUUUGCUGAUGCAAAGCCGUCUUUCAGCGUGUCCUCAGCUCAUAAGAAAAAGGGGGACAUCUUACAGCCGUGUGACACCGAGUACCCCAGCUUCGUUCAUGAGCCGUCAGUCAAAGAGACCAACAGCAUUAUUAAGUGUGGACGAUGCCAGAAGAUGUUUGUGGUGCAACAGAUACCAGAGAGCAACCUACUCAUGCUGGUGGUUCAGGCAGACUGUGACUGUUCCAGACAGUACGGGCCGAUCACCAUGGAGCCCAAGGAAGUCAAAUAUAACGCAUCAGUAAAGUGUGACAGAAUGAGGUCGCAGAAGAUUCGCAGGCGACCUGAGUCCUGCCACGCCUACCACCCACAGGAGAACGCCUAUGACUGUGGACGGGCGUCUUUCAUAUCUCUCUCAGUCUCGCUCUUCUUUAUCAGUCUUUCCUUCUCAGCUAUUGUCUCUUGAUGCUGGACAUCUUCAUCCGUUGUCAUACAAAGAAGGAGAUUUUAAUAACUCAAGAAAUGUGCUUGGACCCGUGACACCUCAAGUGCAUCUUUUAAAUCUGUACCUAACUCUGGACAAGUUGCUCUUGGCGGCCACAUGUCUCGUCUGGUCUCUCCCAGUGGACAUUUGAGGAAAUUUAUGAGAAUUUGGAGCUAAUUCCCGGGAAACCCUUUUAUCUGAAACAAUCGGAAAACUGCAAAGCAAGCAAGUGGAUGGGCGUUUUUUCCAUUAGUUACUUUCUCACGUGCCACUUUGCAUCAAAAUGAAAGGGGCUGAAGAGAUGCAGGUGGUGACUAUGACGGGCUUUGAAAAAAAGAGGAUUAUGAGUCACAGCAGCAUAACAACAUCCCAGGGGGAAAAAUACAUCUCUCAUUUCCCACAUCACACUGACUUGUGUGUUGCAGAUACGCAUGCAUAUUAUAUAUGCAGCUGCAAGCAUGCGCACCUCCAGACUGCCCACAUCCAACAUUUAUCACCCCAACUGCUUUAUUUACUGAAUUUAUUUUUGUAAAUAAAAAUGUGUAUAAUAGAUACAGAGACAAGGGCUACAGAUAUAUGAGGAGAAAGCGAUGUUGUGGAACCACGUUUUCACAUGGUUGUUUACAAUUUUAAAGGAUAAGGUUUAUAGCUCAGUGCCUAGAAAGUGGUCACAUUGUGGAAAAAACAAGAUUAGAUUGAUACAAAAAUGUUCAUCAGCUCCUUGGGGAACUCACUCAUUUUCUUCUGCUUUGUCCUCCACAUGAGGGUUGCCAAUCCAAGCUGACAUA